AUGGCUUCUCAAGCAGCGCUCAACUCUGCGUGCACUGGCUGCAGCAACAGUAGCAGCAGCAUCGACAGCAGCAGCAGCAGCAGCAGCAGCAGCAGCAACAGCAGCAGCAGCAACAACGGCAGCAACAGCAGCACGAAGAGGUGUGGGGGCCACUGGCACUUCAGGUCUGCAAUAAGAGGUCUUCGAUGGAUGUACGACCGGCUGAGCUCUCCCCUGCUGCUGCAGCUGUUGCUGCUGCUGCUGCUGCUGCUGCUGCUGGUGCAGGAGCAGCAGCUGCGGCUCCUUUACCUCCACGGCAGCAGCGCCAUCGACGCCCUCAACUCCUGCGGUGUCCAUACACCUCACACUGCGAGUCAGAAUCUGUGGGGUUCCUCUCAGCGCUGCGAAGCAGCUGCUGCAGUUCGGAGCAGCAGACAUCCUGCUGCUGCUGCUGCUGCUGCUUCCGGAGCUACAACGAAGAAGAACUGGUCACAGCUGCUGCUGCUGCUGCUGCCCGAUCUGGCUUUGGUGCCUGAAAACCCACUGCACCGGAAGCAGCAGCAGCAGCACGACCAGCAGCAGCCGCAGCAUGAUCAGCAGCAGCAGCAGCAGCAACCACAGCGGCAUCAGCCCCAAAAACUGCAGCAGCAAGAGCAGCAGCGCCACUCAGCUACGCUUUUGCCAUAUGAGCAGCAGCAACAGCAACAGCAGCAGCAGCAGCAGCAGCAGCAGCAAAUCGAGGACAGCCCCACCGAGUGCUCCAUUUCCGAGGGCAGCAUCGCUCUCUGUUGCUCCCUCGAUGGGAAGCAGCAACAGCAGCAGCAGCCGCAGCGGGCUCAGAUGAAGCGGCAGCAGCAGCAAGAGUCCAAGCAGCAGCAGCAGCAGCAGCAACAACAACAGCAGCAGCAGCAGCAACAGGAGCGCAGGGCUCUCCGUCGUCGGCACUUCCGCCGCGAGCUGCUGCUGCGGUCUUCUCCUAUAACUGUGUCUCCUGUGUCUCCUGAGUGCAGCAGCAGCAGCACUCAAAGUCCCUUUUCGGUGGAGCAGCAGCAGCAGCAGCGACUAGGCAAGCAGCAGCAAACAGAAAACCAUCUGCAGCACGAACCGCCCCAAGAAAGUCCCCCGCAGCAGCAGCAGCAGCAGCGGCAGCAGCAGCUGCAGCAGGGCUGCAGCGACUGCCAACAAACUGGCAGCUGCUGCUGCCCCAAAUGCCUCGCCCAAAGGCAGGCAGCUGCUGCUGCUGCUGCUGCUGCUGCUGCUGCUGCUCAGGGGACAGAAGCUGUGAUUGGGAAGCUGAUUAAGCGGAAGAGCAGCAGCAACCUGCUGCUGCCAGAGUGCAGCAGCAGCAGCAGCAACUGCAGCAGCAGCAGCUUCCCGAACGGUGGCACUGCUGACACCGCAGCGCGCUGCCCGUCUGCCUUCGUCCCUUUUGCUGCAGGGCAGUGCUGCUCUUCUGCUGAAGCAGCAGCAGCAGCAGCAGCAGCAGCAGCAGCAGCAACACCACCAGCAGCUCCAUCCUCAGGGGGCUUCAGAAGAAGGGCCCGUUACUUUUAUAUUGGAGACUCAAAGGACUCUUCAGACGUCGAAUGGAGCAGCAGCAGCAGCAGCAGGAACAGCAGCAGCAGCAGCAACCGGCAACGGUACAGCGAGAGCAGCAGCGACAAUGACACCAGCAGCAGCAGGAACAGCAGCAACAGCAGCCGCAGCAGCACCAGCAGCAACGGCAGCAACAGCAGCAACAACAGCCGCAGCAUUUCGCGCUGCAGGACUCCACAGGGUGGCAGCCAGCAGCCUGCAGCAAACCAUUCUGCUGGCAGCAGCGCAGCAGCCUCCCAGCAGCAGCAGCAGCAGCAGCAGCGGCAACAGCAGCAGCAGCUGCUGCAUCAACAUGACACGAUGGAUUUGCUGCAGCGGCAGCUGCAGCAGCAACGGAAACAGCUGCUGCUGCGGCUGCAGAAGCAAGCUCGGAGGCUGGGAGAGCAGCGGCCCUUUGCGCCGCAGCAGCUGCAGCGAGGGCCGCAGCAGCAACAGCUGCAGCAGCAGCAGCAGAAGCAACAAGAGCAGUGGCAGCAGCAGCAACAGCAGCAAUUGCUGCUGGAGCAGCAAGAGCAAAAAAAACAGCUAGAGAAGCAGCAGCAGCAGCAGCAGCAGGCAGAGACCGAAGAACAGCAAGCGCUGCAGCAGCAGCAAGAACAAAAACAACAACAGAAACAGAAGCAGCAGCAGCAGCAGCAGCAGCAGCCGCUGCAGCAGCCGCUGCAGCAGCCGCAGCCGCAGCAGCAAAUAGAGCAGCAAAUGUUGCAGGGUGAAGAAGCAGAAAGAAAGCGCGAGACAGAAAGGCUUAAGGCGCUGGUGCUGCAGCACAAAAAGAAGGAGCUCAGCUCCUAA